UAUUUUGUUCUGUCACUGAAUUUUGCAAGUCACACAAUUUGCCAGUGUUGAACAGUUUGAUAAUCUCUAUUUUGCUAAAUUUUCAGUUUGGAUUCUUUAAAAAUCUGAAAAAAUGCAUGCUUUACGUAACAAUGCUCCAAUUCAGGAUUAUUUAACGCCGAAACAAAACCAAUUCUCUCCAUAUACUGACAAUGGAGGUACCUGUGUGGCCAUUGCUGGUAAAGAUUUUGCCAUCAUUGCUUCGGAUACACGUUUGUCUGAAGGAUACACCAUCUAUACCCGUGAUCAACCGAAAAUUUUUCGAUUAACUGAUCAGACAGUACUUGGCUCCACUGGUUGUUGGUGUGAUGUUUUAACAUUUGUCCGAGUUCUUCAAACUCGUAUCAAGUUGUAUUACAAUGAUCAUGGUAAAUCGAUGAGCACUCAAUCGAUCGCUCAAUUGGUAUCGAACAUGUUGUACAGCAAACGGUUUUUUCCUUAUUAUGUAUCGAAUAUGGUUGUCGGUUUGGAUGAAAAUGGUGCCGGUGCCAUCUAUGGCUAUGAUCCAGUUGGAAGUUUUGAUCGUACCCGAUUUUUGGCCUGUGGAAGUUCCUCACCAUUGAUACAACCAUUAUUGGAUAACCGAAUUGGUCAUUCAAAUCAAACAAUCUUGGAUCAGAAUUCGGAAUUAACAUUGGACACGGCUACCCGACUCAUAAAGGAUAGUUUCAUAUCGGCUGCUGAACGUGACAUUUAUUGUGGUGAUGCUGCAUCCAUUCAAACAAUCACCAAAUCGAAAAUGGACAAAGGUUUCGACGAGGAACAUUUUUCACUUCGAAAAGAUUGAAAACAUUUCUUUUUUUUUUAAAUUAUCAAAAUUGAAUAAAUAAAUUUUUAUUGCAA